UGCACACGACGCGAUGACACUGUUGCCUUACAUACUGCUGUACGUCGCGACCGUUUCUCUCUCGACUGCGCAGCAUGUCUACCACCCAUGCCUUUCCACUGGUUUCGGCUCUGGUCGGUCGUCUAGCUCUGUUGUGUAUGAGAGGGAAGGCUCGGAUUUAGUGCUGCAGGUUAGGGGGCGUGAUGGCUAUUCCGUGGAGUGGAGAGUUGGAACGGGGACGGCACCUGUGACGCAACGGGAACUGGCUAGACUUCUACGAGGAGGCUCGUCGAGAAAUGCCUAUGGCCGCCUUACUAUCAAGUCGGUCGACAGAACAAUGAACGGUACAGUGUAUAGUUUCCUGCUUGUUUCCAAAGGUCAAACGACAUUUACAAGCGACUGGACGACAUUAAUCAUUACAGAGAAACCCAAGGUCACAUUUGAUCCUCACCAGAUGACCCGUUUUCAAGUGAUCGAGAAAACGGAACAAGAAAUAUGUGUAAGAGUAGAUGCUACUCCUACCCCUCAAAUCAGUAUUGCAAAACUUGCAGAAGAUGGUGGCAUACUCCAGUAUGACAAUCGAUUUGUGCCAUCGACAGAACAAGAUUGUUUCAAAAUAAGCAAAGUAACCAAAGAAGACGCCGGUCAAUUCAGAAUUUCUGUAGAAAAUUGUAUUGGAAAGUCAACAGCAAAUUUCACCAUAGACGUACUAUCAGCAUGUAAGGCUAAGUAUUAGAUGUACACACAACAAUUUAAAAUUUAGAAAUAUUUUAUGUGAAGGCUACA